CCGACGAAAGGAAGUGAAAAGUUUUCUUCGUCAGCACCGCCGAACCAUCUGGUGCAGUUCGAGUCUAGCUUCCGUUCGAACCCCAUCACGUUCCAAUACCUAGAGACAGGGCCAGUGUUCCCAAGAUCCACAGUUUUUGCUGAACAAAAAAAAAAUCCCGGACUACGUUGCGGUUGUUGUUUUCUACUUGACUGUUUGGAAAAGAUCAACUUCGCAGAGCAAAUAGGUGGAUCGAUCCUGAUACUUCAAAAUGCAGCAACUUAUUCAGAAUAAAGAUGUUGUGAAGUUCAUCUCCGAGACCAAGUACUUCCUGGACGAGUUCGACACGAUCAUCAGCCACUGGGACCUGUCGGGGAACUUUUUCCUCUACUACCUGAUCGAGAUCCACGAGGGCGUGACGCAGCUGCUGGCUCGGUUCACGACGCUCUCGUUGGACGGCGUCGGCUCGCGGGAGCACGAGCACUUCUUCAAGCUGCAGUGCUGCGGGACAGAGUUUCACAGCGUCAAGGAUCUGCGGCUGCACCACAAUUCGUGUCGUCACAAGAAGUCGGGACACGAGGAACAGGACAAUUGCGAGCUUAAAUCGGCACUACUCAAACUAGCGUUCUUCAACCGAAGGGUAAACGAGUACCUGCAGUACGGAACGGUCGCCGAUCGUUAUCUGUGUCUGUAUCUGAAGAAGAUCCUGAAGAAGAUAAUGAUUACGUUGGACACGUUUGCGCUGUAGAUUCGUUAGAUACUUAGGUUAAUUACUCUUUACCAAAUAUACAUUUAAUUUAACUCUCUAUGUACGGUAUGAACGUGAUGGUACGAACGGGUUGUAAAUAUGUAAGUCGAACACGUGUUGGACAAUAAAUAAGUUCCUAAUUAAAAGUA